AUGAUGCUUUCGACACGGCGGACGGCACGGCACACAAACGCCUCCACAAGGUCGAUUGGUGGCAGCCGUAUGCUGCUAAAUGAGUUGCCCAGACACGCAAAUGAAAUCGUACAAAGAGCCAAAGCAGACUUAGAAAAGCCGGGCAACUUAAAGAAGGAAAUUCGCGAGAAUGUAGUUGCGGGUCCGCACACACUGUACGAGAUGAUCCUUAAGUUGUCUGACUCACGCAUGCUACACAUGCUCGAAUCCAGUCAGUAUGCCACAUUGAAAGAGACCAUAGAGAAGCUCCACAAGGAAACUGAGUCAACCAGACUUAUUGUCUCAUACGAUCUUUGUGAGGCAGUUUCAGCAACGAAGAGAGAAAUAACAAAUUUCAGAAACGAAACAAGCUUAGGCUCAAACUUGGCAAGUCAGCUGCAGAUUAUCUCGGAAGAGGUAAAGUUACUUCGAGACAAUGUGAGCUCAUUUAGAAAAUCACCGACUGCAACCCAAGAUCAAUGGAAUUAUCUCUCAGAGGAACUCAAAGAGCUCCGGCGCAUCAUACAGGAGAUAGAGACCAAUAAAGAACGAUAUGAAUUACCUGCCAAUAUACCAGCGAAUAUAGACGAUGCAAAUGUUCCUGCCGAGAGAUUGCAACAGGAAAUCACGGACUCCAAACUUUUGUUAAUCUCAGAAAUAUCUGAGUUGAAACAAGAAGUAAGCAGAAUAUCUCUAGAGAUCCGAAGCCUGUCCUCGGCUGUCUCGAGCUCCGCAUUCCCCUCGGUAUAG